AAAGAGAAAUUAGAAAAAAAAGAGAAGAAAUAUAAAAAUCUGAUUGUAUUGUUUUAAAACAGAUUAGUAUGCAUUUCUUUGUUUUAGUGUUCUCUUUUCUCCAAUUCAAUCGCCUAAAAGGUCAGAUUAUCUACGAGUUUGGCAGCGGAAAUGCAUCAUGGGUAUACGCGUCCGCAGCGUGCAAAUUAGCCACGCCCAGAUUCAACUUCACCGAAGGUGAGAUACAUGUCCGGUUUGGAGAUGAACCUAUCAGCAUGAAAGAAGGAGAAGAGGCGUGGCUCGGAUAUAUCUUAGAUUCCGUAGUGUUGCAAUCGGCGGGAUGCAUGCCAUAUGAUGUAAAGAAAGAGCCAAGACUUGCGACAUUCUAUGACACAGGUGCUGACCCUGGUGUUUGCUUUUCGGCAUGUCGUGGAAAAGGAUACAUUGGUUUAAUGAACACAAACUGUUUCUGUUUCCAAACAUUGCCGACUGAGGACACAUUUAGGACGACAUGUCAACAGACAUGCUCAAGGUUAGGUGACGAGGCGGCAUGUGGAGGAACGAACGUGAUAUCUCUAUACAAACAAGCUGAUGGAAUGUCGGCAUCAGAUGUUGUAGACUUUCCUAUCCCAAUGCAUAGAGGAAGCUGCGUCAUGUACGACAGAAAUUCAAAAGUAUUUCACUCAGCAAAAUGCACGAUGUCCUAUAGAAUUGGUUGCCAAAGUAUGCACGGAGAUUCGUUUGAUAUUGGGUCAAGAACUGUGACAUGGCUGGAAAUGACCCGGUUCUGCUUUAGUGUAAAGCACUUCCCUUAUGCAUACAAGGGCGCCUUAGAAGAUGAAGAUAGUGACGCAAACUUUUUCCAAGUGUGGACCGGGAUGGUAAAAGCCAGAAUGAUUAGCAAGAAUCUUGAAGGAGCCAGUAAUCCGCAGAUUGUCGGGUACAUUAGGGUGGAAAAUGGGAAAUACAAACUGCAUUUUUCAACUCGUGCACGUACAGAUGUUAAAAGGUUCAUUUGUCAAGAAGGUUCAACAACAACAGUUUCCGCCCAACCAGACGUCCACACAGUUACUGGUAAGAGCCAUUGUAGUUUUUAUAACAACAACCUAACCAUUGCAGCAACGAUAUAAAUAUUUCUGUAAUAAAGAAAAAAAUACUGAAAGUUUCGUUAUAUAAGAGAAGCACUGCUU